AUGGCCGGUGGCAUCAUCCUCCUCAAACUAAACUCGAAUACCUCGGCUUUGGUGUCGUCUGUGGCCGAGGACAGGGCGAGGAAGGAAUUGGAGUCGAGACUUAACGCGGGGGAAGGGGAGGCGGCCGGACGAUCGACUGGACUCACUGAAGAGGAAUUCGAUAGAGCAUCGAAGAUCAUUGGUGUUGCAUCUGUUCGAUACUUCGACCUUCGCCAAAACAGAACUACCAAUUACAUAUUCAAUUUCGACAAGAUGCUCGACCCGAAGGGCAACACUGCGGUCUUCCUACUUUACGCCUACGCCAGAAUUUGCAGUAUCCUCAGGAAGGCGAACUUUGAUUAUCAUUCGGGUCUCGACUACUCAUCUGAAGAAGUCGUCAUCACAGAGGAGAAGGAGCGGUCUUUGGCUUUGGAGAUCCUCCGCUUCGCUGAAGUGAUGCAGUCUGUUCUCUCAGACCUUCAAUGUCAUCGACUUUGUGAGUAUAUGUGGGACCUCACCAACAGGUUUACUGCCUUCUAUACCGAGUGUAAGGUCGUUGGAUCAGACCAAGAGCGUUCCCGACUUUUACUCUGUGAGGCCACCAGACGUGUUUUAGCCCAGUGUUUCGACAUCCUCGAUAUCACACCUCUCGAGAGGAUCUAA